AUGGACACCCGCUGUGUAGCUUUCGUUCUCAAGGAGUUCCCAGAUGUGGCACAGGUUGCAAGAGCUAUUUUCACGAUGAGGAUGUCCAACGAAGGGAUGGAUCUCCAAGUGGCAUUUGAACCCCAGAAAGCGGCGAGAAUGGAGAUCGGGGUGCUUAGCUAUGCGGAGAGCAUCAAGGGCGAGGACGAAGAAGCGUAUGUCCAAGUCUACUUUCUCUGCUGUGGCAUCGUCUAUAAUGCAGCUGCGACCGAGAGGGCUGAUCUGCGAACUUUGAGAAGCGAGUUGUACGAGCUCGUGGAAAAUGUGCUGGCAAACUGUCAGAGCAAAGAGCGGAUCGAUGUGGCAACUCGGCUCCUUUAUCUAACACUAAAAGAAAAUGAGGACAUCUUACAGCUCUCGGACUACUCAUCCCUUGAAUCCUCAUUACUUGCCUUGUACUCCUUGGGAAACCAAGUUGGCGGAGCACUCCAGCGCUUCAUCCUCUUUGCGGCGCAGCAAUUUUGGAGAAACGAGCUUCACCAUCUCUCGGCGGAACAGAUGCAUGCGGCUCUCACCGACCGUUUCGAGGCCGACGAAGGCGCUGUGCGAAGGAGCGUUCAGCUGCGCAAAGUCUUUUCAACUCCGUCAGAAGAAAGCUGCGGAGCACAUUACGUUUUUGUACGUAAAGCGACGCAGAAAGCGCGCAAGGAGCGAGCGGACAGCGUGGAUCUGGAAACCUCCAACCUGCCACUCAAGCAACGCCACGUGUAUGUGGAGCGCAGAAAAUGCUCAAACACUCGAUGCCGCAUGAUCGAAAGCGUAGCUGGCUCGUACAAGAAGUGCGGAAGAUGCAAGAUUGCGGUGUACUGCAGCAGGGAGUGCCAGAAGCUGGCGUGGAAAGAAGGGCACAAGGAGCUGUGCCGCUGA